UUCAUCACUUCUAUCUCAACUUCGAAUGAGUGGACAAAUUUUCGGAAUGAACUUGCUCAAGGCAUGUAUAAUAGACAUAGGGCUGCUAGGGCGCAUUGAGAUAUGGACCGUGCGGAUAGCUCGAGCACGUCUCGUGGAAGAGGCAAGAAUAAAAGGAAUUGGUCUUCCGAUGAGGACGAUGAGCUUAUUAAAGCUUUGUAUGAGUUAUCUUUGGACCCGAGGUGGAAAGCUGAUGGUGCCUUCAAGGGUGGAUACCUGGGGAUAUUGGAAAAGCAUCUUGCUGAAAAGUGUCCAGGCCGUGGUAUCACUGCAUCCCCGCACAUUGAAUCAAGAGUGAGGCACUUCAGGAAGAAAUUUGGUGCCGUUGAAGUAAUGCUAUCCAAAAGUGGUUUCACAUGGGAUGGAAGUCGAAAGAUGAUUCAGUGCGAGAAGGCACAAUAUGAAGCUCAUUGUCAGAUUCACAAGGAGGCUAAGGGAUUGUAUGGUGUAUCAUUUCCAUACUUUGAACAAUUGGCUGCUAUCUAUGGCAAAGACAUUGCAACAGGAGAAAGUGCUGAAGGCUUUGGUGAGGCAGUGGGAAACUUGGAGAAGGAAAUUGCUAUGGAGGAAGAAGAAAAUGAGGAAGAGGACAUCAUCUCAACUGGAACAGCUCGACGGUCCAUUGACACUUGCUCUAUUGAUACAACUAGUUCGAAGAGGCAGAAAAAGGAGCCAAGGCCAAAGAGGGCGACAGGACCAAGUGAUCCAUUUGCAGCCAUGCUUCAAGAUGUCAAUAGCCAGCUGAACAACAUGACACAACAUGCUUGCAUUUACUGGGAGCGAGAUUGUUGA